GUCCGCGUCAAAGCGGUCCUGCAGUGCGUUACAACCACCGCGUUCGUCCACCCGCUGGAGUGGUACAAUACUUGAGCGUAAGUAUAUAAUUUAUAAUUAUAAUAUUAUACGCACACGAGCGUCUGUGACGAUAAAAUUGCGGGAACCGUGACGAAAAUCCUAUCUAUGCUAAUAUAUACGGUGGACCGGGAUCUGUCGUAGUAUUUAUCAAAACUGUUAUUUCGCCGUCCGUCGCAGCGGUCGCGUGUAUUGUCGUCGUCCGACCGGAAACAUCGACGACCUCACAAAAAUCAACAAAACAAAACGGACCUACGUUGUGAAAUCGAUUUAUCUACUCAUCGCUAACAAUAACCUUCUUUCGAGCUCUGCAAUAUGUCACAGAUCGUACAGUUUUAAGUAAAAAAAAAAAAAACUGUCCAUUGAACACAUCUAUAUAGUAAUGUUUGGGGUCAUACAGAGGUAUGCCUCAUGGUUGCCCGUGGAUGGUACCACUAUUUAGAUGGGCCUUGUUAUCUGGUUGCGUGGCCAGACCGCUGAGUUCCGAUACCAAAAUGUCCGAAGCUUUCACACAAAACAUGACAGAAGAAAAUUUAACUUGCUACACUUGCGUAAACGUAUCAGACAAUUUGACAUGCAACCAAUAUGCCAUUGAUAAACCAUGUGCUCGAGAUUUAGACUACUGCCAGACAUUACACAUAAUGGAUUCGACUGGAACUAGUGUCAUUGUGAACAAAAAAUGUGCUAACCGAACAGAAUGUCAUCCGUCCACUGUCGGUUGUCUAAGCAUUGACAGGCAGACUGUGUGCGUGUCCUGCUGCGAUGACAUGUACUGCAACAUGACCGUGCCGACAAACCAGACCAAUGCAGUGGUAACAGUCACGCGCAAACAUCACACGAGUCCUACCAAAGGGCCGAAGACAAAAUCCGCUGGUGACAUACCGUGCACUCGACUGACGGUUGCGUCAUAUUUAUUAUUGUUUCUCAUGUUAUUGACCACCAUUAUAUAAUGCUAGAUCGUUAUGCGUUUUUAAAAAAAAUAUUAUAUCUUAACCGUUACCUCGAUAAUUAUAUUAUAAUAAUAUGUAGUUGAGUUUAGAUUUAGCUGUGAUAUAGGUUAUACGCGGCGAGCACAAUAUACAAACAAACUUCAAACUCGCGUGGUUAUUAAUCAUUUGGAUUACGCCAAAUGUGUACGCUUGUGUAUAGCCGAUUCACAGUUAAACGCCAACAGAUAAUACUCGUUGGAAACAUUACGACCUUAAAUUUAGGUGGGCAGAGCGAAACGGGACGAUCAAAAAUACAUUAUUCGGAAACUAAAAGUAAUUUCUUGUUAUCUGCAUAUUAAAAUUAAAUCGUGGUAAAAACUUUUUAGAAUCCGUACUAAUAUAAGAAAUUAUAAAAAUAAUGAAUAGGUUACGCUGCACGAUAUAUCAAAGUAUGGGUAAAUUAUUGUUUUAUAAGAAAGGUCUAUAAGUCCCUUAGGAAACAAAGUAAUCAAUAGUUUUGACAUCAGUUAAAUUACCAUAUAAAUAUGCAACACUCAAUAAAUAGAUACAUUUCAUAAAGUUUUUAUAAAAAAAAAAAUACUCAUAGAAACCCCAUCCACGUCGCUUAUUUUUUUUUUUUUUGCUCUGUCCAUACUUAUUCAUUCAAUAUGAACAAAAAAAUCCAUCGUUAUAUUUACCUACUUAUUUGAAAAUGAAAAUGUUUUUAA